AUGGUUGUUCGAUCCCCCCCACGCCGCCCGGAUAUAGUACCUCGUCAUCGACUGCCAUACCUUGUGCCAGAACCGCCAACAUUUGUGAAAAGGGAUUCCGACCCUAGUCAGACCUGUUCAGCUGGAGACACCUCAAGUAAAUGCGAGAAACCUACUAGCACAACUACGACGACAACUCUACCUGUCGUGCUGGGAGCAGUGGUUCCGAUACUAUGUGCUGUAAUCGUCCUAAUUUAUCUGCAUCGACGAAACGUGAGGAAGCUCCGGAGCGAAGAUGCCAAUGACAAGCAUAGAUCGCUUGAUUUCGGCUUGGACCUGGAGCCAACGGGUGGAGGAAAUGCGAUGCGACAGACUGAAAAGUCCAAUGGAAGUUAUAAUCACAACAAGGGAAUCUCAUUGGAUAUAGGCCCGAGUCCUUACCUACUACCCCCAGGUCUACACGGCUCCCGGGAUUCGCUGCAUUCCUUGUCCAGAUCUAUAGGCGGCGAUGAUAAAUACCGGCACGCAACUUCAUUUUUAGGUGACAAUGCAUCUGUCAGAUCACAGUCAAGAGGGGCUCAAGAUGAUGCACCAAGCUUUACAGGAUCAGCUAGAAAGGCCGCUCUGGGCGAUGAUAUGAAGCAAGGUUUAUUGGGAAACGCUCAAAGGAUGUCACGAUCCAGUCCACCACUAUAUAUAUCUCCCGGCGAAGAUGGCGCACACGUGCAAGUUGAUCCUAUUGCACAACCGGAUCAUGGCUUCCAAUUCGAGUUGCCCAGAAGCCCUAGCCCUGUACUCAUCCCGGGAGCUCCUAGUACUAAAGAGUCGAUCACGCCGACGAACAACGUUGACAAAGACGCCGGUGAUUUUGGCAAUAGCGAUGACCGCCCGGGAGGACGUCUAAACCUUGCUUUACAAGAUCCUAUAACGACACCUAGAAUAUCGCUUCCUCUGAGCGAUGCAGCGAGCGACUACGAUAAUGGAAACCCAGAGCCUGCCAUUCCGGCUGUGAAUAUCCAUCGGAUAGAGAACAGCCCAAGAUAUGGCAAGGGCCCCGACCACCCAGCUAUUCCUGACACUCCCCCAGAUGAGUCUUCACAAGCGCCAGGGUUGACUGUUGAUCCUCGUCGCGAUACGCGUCGGUUGACAUUAGGGUUGCGUCCUCUGCCGCCAGAGGAUCCGUCAGACAACCCAGAGCAACGGGCUAACCGUAUCCGAUCGUUCUAUAAGGAAUAUUUCGACGAGAACAAGAAUGGGAGGGAGACUUACUAUGGUCCCGAAUCUUAUCACGACGUUGACUAUAUCUACGAUUCGGCUACUGGAGAUUACUACGACAGUGUCCCAGCACCGUUUGCUGAGCCAAUACACCGUCGGGCUAUGACCCCUCCUCCGCGCCUCCCCCCGCGGUUUCAAGGGGGAGGUAGACAUAUGCCUUCGGGCUCUAUCGGUGGCUUUAGCGAUCGAAUCAACUCCCCAGGCCCACGUGCCUUCUCAUCAGCUUCUGGCAGGCUGCCAGGUGCCCCGAAAAUCCGCAAGCCUGCACCUCCACCAGCCCCACUCCAGCUCCUACCUACACCCCACAUGAUGACUCUAUAA